AUGGAAGACGCAUUAGAUGUGCUUGAGAACGUUGAACCAAAUGAAUAUGUCAGAAGACCUAUGAAAGAUCGAAUGAACCCAUUGAGUCAGUAUGAUGAUACAGAGUUCUACAUUCGUUUUCGGCUUAAGAAGGAUGGACUCCAGUACAUUUUCAGUUUAGUGGAGAAUCAACUUAAAGAGUGUAGAGGCCGUGGACGGUUCCCGUCAGUUCCACCAAUCAUGCAACUUGCUGUGACUCUGCGUUACUAUGCUACUGGUGGAUUUCAAUCGACAACAGGGGAUCUCUUUGGACUUCACCAAUCGACAGUUAGCCGACUGAUAAAGAUUACAUCCGAAAUCAUAGCUUCACUUGCACAGGAUACCAUCAAGACUCCAAGCUCUGAAGAGUCUCUUAAAAGCAAUAUUUUCUUCCUGGAAUAUAGUAGUCUCCCUGGUGUCACCGGUAUAGUCGAUGGGACUCACAUUUGGAUUCAAUCUCCAGGGGGAAAAACUGCUGAGCUUUACCGGAACAGAAAGGGAUGGUUCAGUCUUAACGUUCAGGUGGUGUGCAAUGAGAAGCACAAAUUCCUAAAUGUGGUGGCACGAUGGCCUGGUUCAGUUCACGACUCCAGGAUAUGGAAGAAUAGCAAGAUCUGUAGAGAUCUGGAGGAGGGCAGACUGCAAGGAGUCCUUUUAGGUGAUUCUGCAUACCCUCUGUCGAAACAACUGCUGGUUCCAUUCGACUAUCCAUGUUCGACUGCUCAACAUGGGCGGUUCAACCGCGCUUUGUGCAGAUGUCGGGUCUUUAUCGAGCAGACCAUCGGAAUAUGGAAGCGACGCUUCCCAGUGCUGUCGUACAAAGUUAGAAAGAGUCCAGAGAAUGCGGCAGUGGUAAUUGUAGCUACGGCUGUGUUGCACAACUUGUGCACUGAUUUGAAUCAGCCUGUGCCAGGAGACGACCCUAUUAAUGAAGCUGAACUAAACCUAAACAACUUGUAUGACGAUGAGCCAUUCACUCCUGACGAAGAUUUCGUUUUCACUGGCAAAGAAAUUAGGGAUGCUUUGGUCGAAAGAUUCUAG